AAAAAAAAAAAAAAAGAUAAAAAAGAAACCCAACAGAGGAAGCCGCCUCGUCUAUACUCACAUACAAAUUCCUGUUCAACUGCGGCACAAACAAACAAAAAGAGAAGACCGGAGGAGCCAACACCAGACACAGUAAUAAGACAAGAAAAAGUAACAGCAGCAGUAAGAAGAGAGCCGAAGGGAAUUUGAAACAUGGACAUAAUCAAUAAAUUCACCAAUGCAUUUUGGAGUACGCACAUUUGGCUGCCGCCAAAUACGACAUGGGCAGACAUUGCGCCCGGCUCUCGUCCAGAUGUUGUGCACGCCGAUUAUCGGGAUUUAAUUUGGCCCAUUCCAUUAGCCGCUGUGGUUAUGCUUGUGCGUUACACAUUGGAGCGCUUUUGGAUAUCGCCAAUCGGCAAAUCGCUAGGCAUACGAAGCUCUAGACCUAAGAAAGCAGCAAAUGUUCCUACAUUAGAGUCAGCAUAUGCGAAAUCUUCGCAUUUGGAUCAUAAAUGUCUGGCUCCGCUGGCCAAGCAGACAGACAUGACCGAGCGUCAGAUCGAACGCUGGUGGCGCCUGCGUCGGGCACAGGACAAGCCAUCGACAUUAGUCAAGUUCUGCGAAAAUACAUGGCGAUGCAUCUACUAUCUAUAUAGCUUUAUAUUCGGUGUAAUUGUGCUGUGGGAUAAGCCCUGGUUCUGGGACGUGAAGAGCUGCUGGUAUGGCUAUCCACAUCAGUCUGUUAGCAACGAUAUCUGGUGGUAUUAUAUGAUAUCGAUGUCCUUCUAUUGGUCACUGACCGCCACACAGUUUUUCGAUGUGAAACGCAAAGAUUUUUGGCAAAUGUUCAUACAUCACAUGGUUACACUGCUUCUCAUGUCCCUAAGUUGGGUAUGCAAUCUGCAUCGUGUCGGCUCCCUGGUGCUGGUCGUGCACGAUUGUGCCGAUAUAUUCCUGGAGGCUGCUAAACUGACCAAAUAUGCCAACUACCAAAAGGUCUGUGAUGCGAUCUUUGCCAUCUUCACAGUUGUCUGGAUUGUCACACGCCUGGGAUUCUAUCCGCGCAUUAUCUACAGCUCCUCUGUGGAAGCGCCGCAAAUUCUGCCCAUGUUCCCAGCCUAUUAUAUAUUUAAUUCGUUGCUAUUAAUGCUGCUGGUGCUGCACAUCAUUUGGACCUAUAUGAUUCUAAAGAUUGUAGUCGACUCUUUGCAGAAGGGUCUGAUGUCCGGCGAUAUACGUUCCAGUGAUAGUGAGGAUCUCACAGAUAGUUCAGGCAAUGUGCGCGUUGCUAAUGGCUCGACGCGCACAAAACCCAAAUCUGGCAACUCUACGUUAACAGCAACAACAGCUGGCGGUGGGGUUGCCCAACGUAAGAGAGGAGGCAACACUAGUAAUAAUCACACGGGCGAUGCAACGACAGCGGCAAAGUAAACAAAUAUCGCAUUGUUGCCUGGAUAUGUAAGCGAGAGAGAGAGAGAGAGUGAGGUGGAUUGGAAGUGGCAGCAGUGCUAAUCGACAACUGUAAAAUGAGGAUCAACAGAGAGGGAAU